CUUUCUCGGUGUUUUUUUCAUUGUUAUAAUGAAAUAUUUAUGGCACUAAUAGUGACAAAAGAGUUUCUAAUGCUUAACCACUUCAUCAAGAGGUGUCCUUUGUGUUUUUGUGUGGCUUCAGCUAUUCGGAGGACUAUCUUCAUAUCAAAUUAUGACAGAGAAUCAGUUCUGACUAGAAAAUUUGAAAAGCCUGUGGUUUCAAGUGUAAGAUAUGAACAGCAUCAAAUUUCAUCUACCCGAGAUUUUUGUGCUAGCGUUCAGCCUGAAGGGCUAUGCUGGGAAGGUUCCUCUCAUGCAAUUAUGUUGAAAAGUCUCAAAAAAGCCUUGAAGGAACACCAAGUUAAUGAAGCAUGGGAGUCCUUUAUUGAUUUUAAAAGGUUGCAUGGCUUUCCUGAGGAUUUUGUUAUCCGUAAGCUAAUCACUGAACUGUGCUAUUCGUCUGACCCUCACUGGCUACUAAAAGCAUGCGAUAUAGUCUUGGUUAUUUUGAAAGAGCGAUCAGACUUACUACAGUCUGAUAUCCUGGCAAAGCUCUCCCUCUCCUUAGCGCGAAGUGAAAUGCCUAAACCUGCUACAAUGAUUCUUAGAAUACUACUGGAGAAAGAGAACUUGCCCCCCAUGAAUGUAUUGUGCUUGGUUGUUCUGCAUAUGGUAAAGACUGAGGUUGGGACACACCUUGCAUCCAAUUUCUUAGUUCAGAUUUGUCAUUGUUUCCAACGCUCCAGUGUAAACAAGAGCAUCCAUGCAAAGCUGGUGAAGCCUAAUACAAUGAUUUUUAACCUUGUCCUUGAUGCUUGUGUGAGGUUUAAAUUAUCAUUCAAAGGCCAACAAAUUAUGGAAUUGAUGCCUCAAACAGGAGUUGUUGCUGAUGCACACUCUAUUAUCAUUAUUGCCCAGAUCCAUGAGCUGAAUGGCCAGAGAGACGAGAUCCAGAAAUAUAAAAGUCACAUUGAUCAAGUUUCAGCUCCGUUUAUGCAACAUUAUCGGCAUUUCUAUGAUAGUUUGUUGAGCUUACAUUUCAAGUUUAAUGACAUUGAGGCGGCCAUUGAGCUUGUUUUACAAAUGUGUAACUACCAUGAGUCUCUUCCUAUUCAAAGAGACAGAAAGAUUUCACAGAGGUCUUAUCUUGUUCCAAUUGGAUCUCAUAAUCUCAAGUCUGGGUUGAAUAUGCAGAUUUUGCCUGAGCUGCUGCUGUGCGAUUCUGUCCUCAAAAUAGAGGGUAAGCAAGAGCUUGUUCUUUAUUGGAAUGGGAAACUUGCCCUUAGUAACAGGGCUCUAGCCAAGCUCAUAAAUGGAUACAGAAGGGGCAGGGAUACUUGCAAGCUUUCAGAAAUUUUACUUAAAAUGCAAAAGGAGUUAUGUUCAUUAAGAGGAUCUCGUUUGUGUUCUGAUGUGAUUGAUGCUUGCAUUAAUUUAGGUUGGCUAGAAACUGCUCAUGACCUUUUGGAUGACAUGGAUGCAGCUGGGGCUCCCAUGGGCCUUACUGCUUUUAUGUCACUCUUGGAAGCCUAUUACAGAGGAAAGAUGUUUCGGGAAGCAAAAGCUUUGCUUAAACAAAUGAGGAAGGCUGGUUUUCUUUCAAGUAUACCUGAUGAGAUGAUUGUCUCAAAAUGUCAACCAAUACUAGAUACAAGUUCCACAUGUACAAAUGUUUCAAGCGCGACCAGUAAAUCAGAUCUGGCAAAUGCUUUGGUUCAGGAAAUGAGAGAUGAGAAGGAUGCUUCUGUGGUUUACCAGUUCAAUUCUUCCAUCAACUUUUUCUGCAAGGCCAAAAUGAUGGAUGAUGCUUUGAAGACAUACAGAAGAAUGCAAGAGAUGAAAAUUCAACCCACUGAGCAAACAUUUACCUAUCUGUUAUAUGGGUAUUCUUCUCUGGGAAUGAUUCGUACUAUCACGAUCUUGUGGGGGGACAUUAAGAGGAAUAUGGAGAGUGGAAAUUUGGUGGUAAGCAGAGAUCUCUAUGAGUACUUGCUACUGAACUUUCUUCGUGGUGGCUACUUUGAGAGAGUGAUGGAGGUCAUUGACUUUAUGAAGGAGCAUGGCAUGUACACUGACAAGUGGUUGUACAGGAGUGAGUUUGUAAAACUUCAUAAGAAUCUAUAUAGGAAUUUAAAGGCAUCAGAAGCCAGAACUGAGGCUCAAAGAAAAAGACUUAAAUAUGUUGAGAAAUUUAGAAAAUGGGCGGGAGUUGAUUGAAGUUCCAAGAGAAGUUCAAUAUGAACUGGGAUGAUUUACUGCAAGAUUCUUGCUGCUCUGACGUUGAUGAUUUUAAGGGCAAUGUUAAAGUAAAUAGAGGAGAGUUAAGAAGUGAAUAUGGAAGAUGCAUUGUGGUGGUGAAACCAAACUCUUACUCCAUUUGUAAUGUCUGAAUGAAGUCUUAUGAUAAUGGAAAGAGUUAUUCUGGAGGUUAAUUGAUCUAUGAGGAGAUAUGUGAAGACAAUUGUUUUUCUAUUGGCAUCACAACAAUUUUGCUAACGCUUUUAGGUUAUGUUUUCCAAUUGCUGUUCUGCAACUACUUCACAAUAUCAGUACCCAGUGAGUUAGUGAGGAUCAAAAGUUUGGAGGUGGUUUCACAUUGUUGUUCAAUUACAAUUGAAAUAGUAUCCGUUUCUUUUUCAUGCUGACAAAUUACCCAUCUUUCUUGGUAUUGUCCAGCAAUGCAUACAGUGUUAAUCAUAUGUUAUUUGUUUUGAUGGCAGAAAUUUCUUUCACAGUUAACUAGGUGACGUAUAUUUUUUGAUUGAUAACCUGAUGAGCUAGAAAGCUUCAAAUAGUUUAUGUCUAUGUUGCCCAAACUCAUAGAUAUGGAGUGA